AUGCCUUCAGACAACGGCGCAAACAUAAAGAUCGUGGCCGGGAUAAUGGGAGCCAUUGCCGCAGCGGUCGCCGUCAUUGUAUCCAUCAAAGCCGUCAUCCAACGAUCCCGGAACAAAGCUGCGGCUUCAUCGAAAAGCCGCGCUGCUGCCAAGGCCAAGGCCAAGGAGGCAUCCAAAGCGGAUAUCAAGAAAUGGUACAAAGAGGCCCUGAACAAGAUCGUCACCGCUCGUCUCGAGAAAGAAUCAAGCGUCGAGUCGGGCGAGCCGGUUUUCCUGUCGCAUUAUAUCAGCCAGGGUCAAUUCCGCCACUGGGUGUUGCAUGCUCAUGACUUCAAGUACGAAUUACGCCAAGCAGAAGCCGGCGAUUCAAGCACACCCGGACGCUACGAGGCGACGAUUAACCCAUCGGGCUUUAACCUCAAGGCGUACAAGCAGUCGGUCAUUACGAGAUAUUCCCCCGAAGUCGGCCAUUACUUUUAUAGCAUGAUUGGUUGGACGAGCCUCUCUAAAGAACAAAUUGACGACAAGUGUCAACGGGUCUCGACGACGUUUGGGAAAUACGCUCUUUUCUCGAAUAAUUGCCACGAUUUCCUUCAGCAAUUGGCCGACAAAAUCGUGACCAAGAAGGCGCCGGACUGGGAGUGGUUUCGGAUGAACAGCUUGGGCGGUUACGAUUAUCUUAAGCGACCAGCGCUGGGUUAUCAGGUCAUAGGCGUUGCGACGUGGACUAGGCAUUUGAAGCGGAUGAAGCAUUAUCUCAGCGCAGCCGAGCAACAAAGUCUUGAAGAGUUCAUCUUGUUUCUUGAGGAAUUUGUUGAAAUCCACUUGAAUAAGACGACAACAAUGUUGACAACACAAACUGUAAUGUAUGGGCAGAAUGACGGCGGAGGGGACUAUGUUGACGGUAGUGGAGGCCAGGGGGAUUAUGAUGGCAGUGGAGGCCAGGGACAUCAGGACAGCGGCGGCCACGGGCACGGAGGCGGCGGACAUCAUGAUGGCGGAGGUGGGUUCUUCGGAGGCGGCGGCGGCGGCGAUGGUGGAGGAGGAGGUGGUGGAGGAGGUGGUGGUGAUGGUGGAGGCGGCGGAGGCGGAGGAGGCGGCGGCUGUUAG